GUGUUCAUCUAUCCUCAGGGGAAGAGAGAUCUUUUCAAGCAAAGAAAAAUCUAGUGGUGAUGGAAGGAACGGAAAGAGAAGUCCCUAUUUUCAGGGACAUAAGGCGCUAUUACUGCGAGUAUUGUGGCAUUUGCAGGUCCAAGAAGUCGUUGAUCACCUCGCAUGUACUUUCCCGCCAUAAGGAUGUGGUUGAGGAGAAGAGACUCGAUGAAAAUGAAGGAGAGGUGGAGGAGAAGUCCAAUAUUUGUGAAGAGUGUGGUGCGAGCUUUAAGAAACCUGCAUAUUUGAAGCAACAUAUGCAAAGUCAUUCGCUUGAGAGGCCGUUUACUUGCCCAGUAGAUGACUGCCAAUCAAGCUACAGGAGAAAAGAUCACUUGACCCGUCACCUGCUCCAGCAUCAAGGGAAGCUUUUCAAUUGUCCUGUAGAGAACUGCACUCGUAGAUUUGCAUUUCAGGGUAAUAUGAAGCGGCAUGUGAACGAGAUUCAUGAAGAAGAUGGGUCUUCCUCUUGCAACACUGGGGGUCAAAAGAAGCAUGUUUGCAAGGAGUGUGGAAAGGUUUUUGAAUUUGCAUCAAAGCUGAGGAAGCAUGAGGAUUCCCAUGUUAAACUAGAUACUGUAGAAGUGGUUUGUGGUGAGCCAGGCUGUAUGAAACACUUCACUAAUGAUGAAUGCCUUAAAGCCCAUGUCCAGUCAUGCCACCAACAUGUCACCUGUGAGGUUUGUGGACAAAAGCAUCUGAAGAAGAAUAUCAAACGGCAUCUGCGGAUGCAUGAAGCAGGAGUUUCAUCCAGUGAUAUCAAAUGCAGUUUCAAGGGCUGUCGGCACACAUUCACAACUAAAUCAAAUCUCAAUCAACACAUAAAGUCAACACACCUUGAGGUCAGACCAUUUGCCUGCCGAAUUCGUGGAUGUGACAAGAAGUUUCCAUAUAGACAUGUGAGGGAUAAUCAUGAGAAAUCUGGAAUUCAUAUCUAUGUCCAUGGGGAUUUUGAGGAGUCUGACGAGCUAUUCCGGUCAAGACCAAGAGGCGGGCGUAAAAGAGCAUGCCCUAGUGUGGAGACUUUGCUACGGAAGAGGGUAACCCCACCUAGUCAGAUGGAUUCUGUUACAAACCAGGGACCAGAAUACAUUGCAUGGUUACUUUCUGAGUUAGAUGAUCAACCGUGAGAUAUACAGUUUGUUGGAGAUGGCAUUUGUAGUA